AGGAGCAAAGGGCUGCAGCCAGCUACACCUCUCCUUUGACUCUCAUUCUGAGUCUCCAGUGUUGCCUUUGGCGGCCUACUUUUCUUUUCUCUUGGACGUUCCAACUGUUUUAAUGCUUGCCUCGCCAAGUUUUCCUCUUCUCAGGCCUCACCAGUUUGAUGAGUGCCGCUUUGAUGUAAGUGUCAAUGACAAUGUAUGGUACUUGAGAGCAUCAACACCUGAAGAAAGACAUACCUGGAUAGAUGCUAUAGAAUUACACAAGCAGGCAGACUCAAGUUAUGGAAGUGAAAAUAACUUGCGUCGACAUGGAUCAAUGCUGUCUUUGGCAUCAGGUACCAGCAUUUCCCAGGCCUCAACUUCAUCAUUUAAGCGUGGACGGGGGUUAAAAGAAAAGCUGGCUGAAAUGGAGACUUUCAGGGAUAUUUUGUGUCGUCAAAUUGACACCUUGCAAAGCUAUUUUGACUCUUGUGCAUCUGCUGUUACACAUGGAGCUGUUCAAGAAUUAUCUGAGCAUGAUGAUAUUGAUGACGACCUUGACGUACCACACAGUGCCUCUAAUCAUGAUGUACACCAUCAUCAUCGUCUUGAAGGCCUGAGGGGCAAAGAUCUUGCUUCCAUUCUCCAACAACAUGGAGGACAUGCUGUUGAUUUCAAAGGUGAAGCUUUCACAUUUAAGGCUACCACUGCUGGCAUCAUUGCCACCAUGUCACACUGUAUUGAGCUUAUGGGGCAGCGAGAAGAAGCUUGGAAGAAAAGAUUAGACAGGGAAGUUGAUAAAAGGAAAAAAUUUGAAGAGGCUAACAAAGCUUUAAUAUCUGACAAGACCAAGAAACUAAUAGUAGGAGGACCAGAUUAUGAGGAAGGACCACACUGCUUAAUUCCUGAAGAUGAAUUUUAUGAUGCUGUAGAUGCCACACUAGACAAACUAGAGAAAGAAGAGGAGAAACAAAAAUGGAAUGCAGAAUCUGCAAACAAACCGGACCAUGCAAUAUCAUUAUCACCAUCACAUCAUUUUUAUAAUGAGAUCAAUGAAGUUGUGAGCAAUCACAUGAGGCGCCUUAUGACGGAACAAGUUGAGGACAAGGUUGAUUGGGUUUGUAUUGCUGAUCAAGGGGACCUCAAAGUUUUCAAAAGAGAGUUGGAAGAAAAUGGUGUUCCUAUUGAUCCAAUGAAAGCUGUCUGUACUGUUAAAGGUAUUACAGGUCAUGAAGUUUGUCAGUAUUUUUGGGCUUUUGAUACCAGAAUGGAAUGGGAAGCCACACUAGACUUGAGCCGUGUGGUGGAGUGGUUAUCAGAUGAUACAUUUAUCAGCAACAAUGUGAUUAAACGUGUCUGGCCAGCCUCCCAGAGAGAUGCAUGCUUUUGGUCCCACAUCAGACACAUCUCUAAGCAGAAGGAUGAGGGGCCGGAUUGUUGGAUCGUUGUCAAUUAUUCUUGUGAGCACCCUGAGUGUGCACCUAUCAAGUAUGUUCGCAUCACAAUGAACGUGGCAUUGAUUUGUGAAACUAUCAUUGAGCCCCCAGCUGAUGGCAACAUAACCAGAGAUCAUAUUACUUGUAAAAUAACAUACACUGCUGAUGUCAACCCUGGUGGCUGGGCUCCUGCAUCAGUGCUGAGGGCUGUCUACAAGAGGGAGUAUCCUAAGUUCCUCAGGCGUUUCACAGGCUUUGUUAUAGACAAGACAAAAGAUCAAGCUAUUUUAUUUUAGGUACAGACAAAAGACUAGGAUAAUUUAGUUAGAGACUCAAGACUGGGAUAUUUAGUUGCAGACAAAAGACCUUAUUCUUUAGGUGUAGACAAAAGACAAGGAUAUUUUAGUUACAGACAAAAGACCAGUAUGCUUUAGAUGUAGACAAAAGACUAGGAUAUUUAGUUAAAGACAAAAGACCGUUAGUAGAUGUAAACAAAAGACUUAGAUAUUUUAAGACAAGACCAGAUAUCUUAUUUUAGCACUGUACACAUGUGGUUUUUCUUUUGACUGCAUAUUUUUUUUCUUGGUUAAUUUAUUUUAUAUUCCUUACACUCAUAUUUCAAAAUUCUUUGAAUAAAUGAUAUAAUUGAAUUUGAUACAAAUUAUAUUUUCUGAUUGAAUGGCAAACAAGUACAAUUUAUUUGUUGCAUUUGUUUACUGUAAGCAAUUCGCUGUGAAUGAUUUGGGAAUAUCCUAUUUGUAUGUAGUUGAAUCCAGGGAUUAUAUUUAACAUUUUUGUAAUUUUCUAUGAUUUGUGAUGUAGACAUUUGAUGUGGAACAUUUGAUCAUAUAUUUACACCCAUUAGUUUCUUGACCUUAGGCUAGAAUCAAUUAUUUAUGUUGAAAGUAAUCUUUUUUGUGCCCAUUCUGUAUUUUGCUACAAGUUUAAAAAUGAUUUAUAACUUCAAGAAAGAAUUUGCUUGUUUAUUACAAUAAUGUAGUGAGUAAUUUUUUUAAUGAUCAAAAUUUUUCACUAGAAGAUUGUAAAUGAUUAUUAGAUGUCUUAGCACAUGGGUUCCCAAACUUUUUUGAGUGACGACCCCCUUUUAUAAAAAAGGAGUGACCUGUGGCCCCCAUAGAAUUAAAAAAUCGGAAUUAGUAAGUAAAGUAAUAAACAUCAAAAUAAGAUAUUCUAGUAUAAUUUAAAUUAUUUUUGAUAACUGUUUUAAUGUAAUUGUAAUGCUAUUAACUAGCCACAAAAUUCACAGUUGAGUGUUUGUUAACGCUAACCCCAUGUCAUUCUCAACAUUUAUUUCUUUGUUUUGCUUGUAAUUUGAGAAGUGUUGAAAAUCCACUCUCGCUAAGGAACUAAAAUUCAAAAGGCAAUCAGUGUCAAGUGCCUGCUACUGAAUCAUUAAGCAAAUCCAAGAAUUAUUCUUGUAUUUCAUCGGGAAUGCUAGCAACAUCACAAGGGAAGCAAAUAAUGGGUAAUUGUCAAUGUAGUUUCUCCUUUGUUCAACGCAGGGAAAUAACUCCACAGUUUGUUUUCAAGAGAUUCAAGAUGGCCAGAAAUCUCCUUUUUGAAAUUUUUAUUUAUCUAACAACUAGAUCUAGAUUCAUCUACCACACUGCAGAGUUUCUUAAACAUGGCAAUAUUUCCAAGAUUAAUUUUUCCUCGCUAAUUUAGCAAUUAUGAUGAAAAUUGCCUAGAGAUUAGCAUGAGAUAUUUGCUUCUUUUUCCUGAAGCUUCAGGUUAAGCUUAUGUUGAUGUUUGAAUAUAUCUGCUAGGUAUGCUACUCUCUCCAACCACUCUUUGUCGUUUAAGUAUAUCAAAAGGCCAUGCACUUCCAAGAACAACUUGAUUACAUCUUUCAAUUAAAAAACAUGUGACUCACACAGUUUGGGAACCCAUGACUUAGCAUAUCAAGAAUGCCUAUAUCACAGCCAAUUGUUAUUGUUUUUUUUUCAAAGGGAAUUCCCAUUUAAAAAAAAAUUCCUAAAAGAAUUAUUUAAAUUUAUAUUUGUGAACUCAUAUUGAUGUGUAUUUUUAAUAUUUAAAAAUGCUCUUUUCUAAAAUUGUAACCUUUACAUAAUGUCAAACAACAUGUAUCAGUGUUUAUAUUAAUAUUUCUUAAAUCAAAUUUGAAAAAUUACUGCAAAAAAUAUUGACUGUUCAGUUUUAGGAAUUAUUGUGGUUUGAAAAUUUUCCUUAAUGGAUGCCAAGACAGUAAAGAAGUGUUUUUAUUUGUUUCUUUAAAAUAGAUUUGUUUUUUAAUAUCAUACUUGUGUGUCUUGGUACAUCCUUGGCCAGUGAAGCUUUAGACUGUCAUGUAAUAGUUGGUGUCUCCCAAUUCAUUUGCAGUAUUAUAUUUUUAAAUUUAAUUUAUUCCUUUCAAAUGUUUAAAAUACUUGGUCUCAUUUUGAGACUAUUUUCAACCCUAAUGAAUAAACCUUAUAAAGUCUGUAGUGUCAUGUUCUUGUUAUGCUGGUAGGAAGUUGAACUGCGUUGGUAUAUUUAUGUAGAGAUAAAUAUUGUUCCCUUAUUGUUAGUUUUUUUUUUUGUAUAGAAAUUAUGUGAUAAUUUGAGCAAGAAAGAAUUUGAGUCACAAUUUAUAAAGACAUCUAUUUAUGUUUAGUCAUUUGUUUGUUUCAUCAAACCAUGGUUCAGACUGAGCCUGACAAGUUGAGGCUCACAUGUUUACAUCAACUUAAAUUACCAAAUUACACUCAACAUUUUCAUGCUAUUAGCCACUGGUUUUAAUUGUUACAGUAUCUAAUUUAACAAAAUAUUUUUAAUGUCUUGUUCCUGGUAUAUUUUUUUGUAUUGAUGUCUAAUUAAGCAAAAUAUUUUAAAAGUUUUGUAAUUGAUGUAAUGUUUUUUUAUGUGCUAAAUUUCUUGUAUUUUUACUCUUUUGAUUGCUGUUAUCUUUUCCCACUUAGCAGAAACAUGAAAAUAUUGGUGCCUUUCCAUGUCACUUUGAUUUGACCAUUAUAAACCUUUUAAUGUCUUUAGAUCUAUACAGCCAUGUAUAGACUAAUGAGAUAAUAAUGAAAAGAAAACUAUCAUUUGUAACUACAACUUUUAAUACUUUUAUUAUCUGUUUUACCAUAAGUUCUCAUAAGUGUGUCCGUCUUCUUGGUAUAUAACUAUGACUUAAAUUUAUUUAAAUUAAAAUGUGCAUCUAUAGCAGUGGUCAGUUUUCUAGUCUAUGUAAUAUCUGUUAGAUUCCUGUGAUGUAUUUUAUAUUUAUAUUCUCAAGUCGCAGAGUUCAAAAAAGGCAAAUUCAACAACCAUUUAUUUCUACUGUAGAUUUUUUAAAAAGUGUCCAAGUAAUUUAAAAAGCAUGAGAACUCAUUUCAGCAGAUUUAAAAUUAAGCUUUAUAAAAAAGAUAUUGCAAUGUUUGCAAAGUUAUUAAUAACUUUUUUUGUGUAGGCAAUCUAAGCUAACUUUAAAUGUUAUAUAGUAGUCCUUAAUUAUUUGUGAACUACAAACUACAAUCUAGCUUUGAGUUAAAAGCAAUUGGUUUCUGUGGAGAACAUUUUUUUGAUCAUUUAUUUAUGAAUUUAUAUUUUUAAAAAACUUGAUUUUGUAUAUGAGUGCAUUUUUAAAUAAUUUAGGACUCUAAGACUCUGUCAAAAUUAUUGUUUUCCUUGAGUUAAGGGGUAAAUUUGAUCCAAAGAAUUUUUGUUCCCUUCUGUCAUUCUUUUAUUUUUCCCUGCUUUGAAAAGUUCUAUUUUCACUAUCUUACCAUCCACACGUCCUACUGUAGUGUGGACAAGUGGUGCGACCCCAACAAGACAGUUGACACUGAUCAAAUGUCUUCCCUUGAGGUAUAACAAAUAAGGCAAAUACAGGGAAACUAUUGCCUAAACAAUUUCAAUUCAAUGUAUAUAUUUUUUCUUUUUUAAAAUUCUGAAAUAAUUAUUAAAAUACUUUAAUUGGGUAUAUUGUUGAUGUGAAUUACUUUAUUGGUAUGUUGUUGAAAUGAAUUACUUUCACCUUUUUUCCCCCCACAUUAUUCUCUGUAAAUUGAACACUCACUGUAUUCAUGUUUUCUUAUUUAUAACCUUGGAUUAAGCCAAAUCCUCCUCUUUAAGUGGAAUAAAUAAUGGUACCAUACGAUUGCCUUUAAAAAAUAUCUAUUUACUAAACGGUAUAAAACACUCCAGCAGUUGGCUGAUAUUUUCCUCUGCAGCUAACUUUGUUGUUUUUAAUGUGCUCAAGUCUUUUGUCAGCUUUUUUUUUUCCAUAGGGUUAUUCUUAGAGCUUCUGUCAAACUUGUUUCAUUAUUUAUCUAAGUCAUAACUUAUUGUAAUCCAUCUGAAACAAAAAUUACUUGAAACUUUUUUCUGUCUAUCUGAAACAAAAAAUUAGGCUUUUAACUUCUUUCUGUCCAUUUGAAACAAAUUAGCCUUUAAGAUUUUUUAAUUCUGCCUUCAGUUUAGUCAAGUAAAUUCAGUUCUCUUUUCAUUAUAAUGCAGAGUUACCAAGUUGAUGUUUGAUAUUAAACAAAUCUUGUGGAGUCUGUUCAUUUAUUUUUAAAAAUCCUGGUUAUUAAUAUUUGAAUGUUACUAUGGCAACCUUGCCAGGCAAACAUAAUGAAGUAAAUUGUUAUGUGCUCAACAUUGUGAUUGUAUAGUAAACAUUUGUUUGAUAACUGUACCUACAUACAUCAUAUUGCUAGAAAAAAAAAUCCAACUCAAGGCCUUUUGUACUACAUUAUGAUGAAUGCUCUCCCCUUUUUUGCCUAGUUUGUAAUCAAAGCUUGCUGGCCUACACAUUGUAUGCAGUGAUCAAAAGACUCAAUCCAGAUGACUAUUAUCAAAGUGAUAUCAACCACUGCUCAAUGGAAAUUAUUUUGUACCUGCUUGGGGGUUUCACUUGUUUCUAUAUUUAUAUUUCUUGUACACAAUCUGGGGCAAUAUUCUAGUUUUUGUUUUUUUACAAUUCAAACUCAAUAUUUAAUAUUGGAUGCAUGGUGGCAGUUUUUUUUUAAACAUAUAGUGGUAGAUUUUUUUUACAUGCUAUUGUACAAAACUUGUUCAAUAGACCAGAAAUUGACUUAAAGAAAAACUUGAUAAUGUAAAAUUCUUUGUUGAGUAUUUUUACUUAGGCUUUUCCAUAUACUGCUUCCCUCAGAACCAUUUAGUAAUAAAACAGAUAGUGUUAGUUACUCACAAGCUAUUUUUUUAUUAUCUAAUUAGUAUUAUUAUUUUUUUGAAAAAUAAAAAUUAAUAUAACUUUAUUAGGUCCCUUAUACAUCAAACACAACCAAUGACCAAGUUGCAUAUAUUUGUUAAACUGCAUAUGAUGGUCUUCACACUAUCCAAGGCAGCAGUAAUCUGCUGACCUACGAGAAAACCUACCGUCUCCAUUAUUUCAAGUCCAUGUGCUACAAGCUUAUUUAAGUAGUCCAAGAAAGUAUUCAAAAUUUAAAAUUGGGGCCGUGGGUGGUGUUUCAACAAAAUUUGAGGCUGGGACUGUGGGUGGUGUUUCAACAAAAUUUAAGGCUGGGACUGUAGGUGGUGUUUGAACCUUGCUCUUGUCUGUAACCUUUCCCUGGUGCAUCUUUAAUGUCCAUGUUCACCAAAGUACCUGCAGUAGACUCAAUGGUUCUGUAUGCAGCAGUCAAACACUUGGCUAAACAGCUCUGGCAGAUCAGAGAAACUUCAAUCUGAAGCUUUCAUCAUCAUUCAUUUAUCCUUCGUAGCCCCUGGGGAGCAAAGGGCUGCAAUUACACGUCUCCACCGGACUCAGUUUUGGGCUGCUCCCUUUAUGAUCUGUGCCCACGUCAGCCCAGCUGCCUUUGUCUCGUCUUCUACCGCUCUUCUCCAUGAUCUCUUUGGCCUGCCCACUUUCCUUUUUCCCUGGGGAUUCCAGUCCAUCUCAAGAUGUCCAAUCCAUCCCCCUUUACGGGCCUUGAUAUCCUUACAAACAAAAUACAAAAUAACAGCCAUUGUCUUUAUUUGAUUUUUUUGUUUGGCCAUCUUAUUUUGAGGAUCUGUCGUAAACAUUUACUUGUGAACGACUGUAGCCUAUCUGUAUUUGCUUUUGUAACCGGUCUCAGAGCCAUAGAGCAGCACUGCCCUGACAUUUGUAUUGAAAAUGUUUAUCUUGCUCUGGAGUGACAGGGCUGUACACUUCCAUAUCAGGCGCAGUGACUUGAAGGCACACGACCCUUGGCUUGACAGCCCCUCAUUUCUGGUUCUCUUUGUACCUCAUGGACUUGAGCUUUCUUCUCCAUGUUUGCUAACUAUGUUGAAGCCAGCACAAAGAGCCUGUGAUUUUAGCCUGUCUGAUAUCUCUGCUGCUUCUUUGUCUUCUUCCUGAGAAAUUUCAUCAUAGGUAGCUAAUGAUUUUUUUUAUUACCCUUAGGCCUCCAGCUUUUUUUUAUUGACAUCCUGAUCUUAGAUUACGGACUGGAUGUGGUGGUAACCUUCUCGAUUGUUCUAGAUGCUAGCUAAGCUCACUUAGAUGACCUAUCCUAGAUGCGGUUGAAGGGCAGAAGUGAGCGUGAUGAUGAUGUCACAUCCCAUAGUUAGCCUCACUGCAGCUACCAUUUGUAUUUGUAAUCCCUCAGAACCAUUAUGUUCUAAUUCCAGUUUUUUAAAAUUAUUCACAAGUAUGCUUUAAAGUUUUGUUUUUCUAAACAUUUCUGUAUAAGUAGGCCUACUUGGUGAAAUGGAAUUGUCAAAAUGUUUUUUACCAUGACACUCUGGUGAACAAAAUGGUGUUUAAAUCUCCAACAAAAAAUGGAGUGUAUGCACCCUGGUCUAGGUAAGGGAUACAUUAUUUUUUAAGUGAGCCACACCAUGUAUUGUUUUAUAAAGCAAUAAAUCUACUCUGUUUCUGCUGGGAACUUUUUUCAUGACCAAUUCAUUGGGUUUUUAUUGUCCUUCACCUGCUAACAGUUUAAAAUUGGACUCAAUAAUUGUCAGAUAAAAUGUAACAUAAUUUUUUUUAGAUAAUACCAGUAUUGAAUAUUACAUUAUAUUUGAGUGACUUAAUUUUUUUUUCUGAAAUUAUCGAAUUAUAAAAUUAGACCAUAUUUUUGUUUAUUUUCCUGCAAUAGUAUCUAUUACAUUGUAUUAAAAAAAAUUACUAAAUUUUGAGUAAAAAAAAAUUGUAUUGAAGAUCUAAUUGAAGAAGUUUUGUAUUUCUGGUGCACUAUGUGUACUUAAAUAUCAUAGUAGACUCAAUUGUCACUUAGUAAUAAGCAAACAUCAAUACACGUUUUCACUAGAAGUUGCCAUUGUGAAGGGUGUCUAAAAUGUAAAAAUUGAUUAGGCUAAAAUUGUUUGAAAUUGGCUGUAUAUAUAAUAAAUUAUGAAAUUAUCCAAUAAAUAAAUGUGAACUU